GUUCCUGUGUCAAAAAAACUGCUAGCCUGCUAAUUAGAAACCAAAUUAGCUCUCGGGGCUGGAGAACGCGAACACAAGCGGAGAUUUUCGGGUGUAUUUUAACCGUUUACCUGAGAGUCCAGUGACCGCCAGUAAAUUACUCUAUUCGGGUCAGAGUUAGUAGGAGCUGUGGUGAGGGGAACGUUAGCGAGCUAAAAGUUAGCCGAGCCGGCUAGUUUGAAGAACAGUACAGAGGAUUUUAAACGUUCCCGUUUUAGACGCUAUUUUACAGCCUGAUUGAGACUUUUCACACUUUUAUUGCGUGUUUUCAUUGUUAUGUUGGAUCAUUCGACGGUAACUUAGUGAUCCAGUGUAUUUAAAUAUACUGCUAGCAAUAGCUAGUCCGUUAGCUUGCUGUUUUCUGUUUCUCACCCCGGCGAGUCUCAAAAGAAGCUGAAUUUUAAUUCCUGCACUUCAGUCUUAACGUUUUAGGACAAUGAAUUCAAAUGUGGAGAACCUCCCCCCUCACGUUUUAAGACUUGUGUAUAAAGAAGUCUCUGCACUAGCAGCAGAUCCACCAGAGGGAAUCAAAAUUUACCCAAGUGAAGAAGACAUUACAGAGCUCCACACCGCUAUCGAGGGUCCAGAAGGAACUCCAUAUGCAGGAGGAGUUUUCAGAAUGCGCUUAGUCUUGGGGAAGGAUUUUCCUGCCGUACCGCCCCGGGGCUACUUCCUGACCAAGAUCUUUCAUCCAAAUGUUGGUCACAAGGGUGAGAUCUGUGUCAACGUACUGAAGAGAGACUGGAAAGCAGAGCUUGGCCUCAGGCAUGUGCUGUUGACUAUUAAAUGCUUGUUGAUCCAUCCGAAUCCAGAGUCAGCUUUAAAUGAAGAGGCUGGAAGGUUACUUUUAGAGGACUAUGCAGAAUAUGCUUCACACGCUCACCUCCUAACAGAGAUCCACGCUAUGGGAGGCCAUUCGGGAGCUCCGGAGCCCGGCGACGGGCCGCAGCCCAAAAAACAUGCAGGAGAUCCAGGCAAACGGGGAAUUGCAGCCAGCACUGCAAAUCUAGUAGCUGCACCCAACGGCUCCAGCGGAAGCAGUGCAAGUAGCACCGGCGGCAGCAACAGUACUGUAGUCGCGAAAAAGAAAACUGACAAAAAACGAGCUCUGAGGCGACUAUAAUGAGAAUUUAUUUUUAUUUAUUUUAUUUUAUUUUUUUGGUCAAUAUAAAUAUUGAAUUUAAAUGACCAUAGUUUUACUUCUUUUUAUGUUUUCUGUCAGAGAGCAUUUUAAUGAUUGUAUUAUUGAUACACAAAUACUUUUAUCUCUUAUUUAGUUCUCAGGAUUCUUCGAUCAUGACGACUCAACGUAUAUUUCUCCUCUGAAAAGUGAAGUGCUUUCGACUCAGUCCUUUAAUACAUCCCUCAUAAACAUGUUGUACAUUUUUCCUACCUAAGGUUCUUAAAAAUUUAAUUAACUUCUUUUUAUAAUGAAUCCCCGUUUAUUAUAAUUUAUUGUGGUCCUUGUUUCUAGUGUGCACUCGCCACUGCCAUCCAAGUUGCUGCACAAAACAUUUCUUUUCAGGCCUUUUUUGAUUUAUAUGUUUGUUUCAGACUCAAAUCGGGUGACUAGACCAUUUCACUUAUCAAUCACUCUUAUCUGUCAUGUCAAGUUUCAUGUCGGUGGUUAGUACAGUCCACAGCCGUAAGCGAAAUAGCAAUAGAUCUGCUUGUUUUACACAGUUACUUUUAAAUAACGUCCAAAGUUUAAAUGUUAUUUCAGAAUAAAUAAAUUAUGAAGAAAAGUGCAAGUGUUUUUGGUUCAUUGAAAUCUGAUAUGUAUACAUUGGAGGAGUUAACAAAGCGCUGUCGUCUUAUAAAACUAUUGAAUGUGUUCAUCUAGUGAAAAGCUAAAAAUUAGAGGAAGCAUAGAAUUGGUAAAAAUGUGGUCUGAAUAUAAUUUUAUCUCUCUCUUCGUGUUCUCUGGUUUAAAGUUUAUAUGCAGUCUGUCCUGCACAUUGCUCCAGACAUGUCCAUAUUUGUGUGCGUCUCAUAACUCUGUACUUUUGUUUUCCUGUUCAACUGGCAAGCUUUUAGUUUUUGUACAACUGUUUGUGAACAGAUCUUCAACCGUGAAUGAGGUUCCCUUUUAACCUUAAACAUAAACAUUUAUUAUUUUUUUUAUCCACUCAAUGGGACCUGUUGCUGUAUUGUAAUGAAUCCCUGUUGAUUUUAUUGUUUUACAUCGUACCAUGGGUAUUGUCUCAUUGCCACAUUACUGUGUGUGGUUACGUUUAGAUCUCAAACCAUGUCCAUUGUUCCAAAAGAAAAGUCUUUUAUAGCCCUGAACUCUUAAUCAGCAUACGGGUAAACUCCUGCCAUAUUGUGAGGUUCUGGGUGGGUUAUGGGGCAUUUUCUUGUUCAUUUAAGUUAUUUAAAUUAAGAAUAAAGUUGUUACACAUGUGUGUAGGAUUCCUGGUU